AUGGCCGAGAAUGGCCGGGGUGUCUUCCAUCCCAAUGUUCUCAGCCUCGAGUCCCUCAAGCUGGAGGAUGACGUGCCUAGAGUGCAACCUACCCCGCAGUCCAUCGACUACGAAGUGGCUCCGCAGUCGAACUUGCUCCAGUACGUGGACCAUGCCGGCUACAAGACGGCGCUUGGCUCGGAGGUCGAGGCCAUCGGGGAGCUCGAGAAAGUGCUGGAGUUCGGGCGCAUGCACGUGAACGUGCUCUACACGUUCCGGAGCGUGUCGCGAGCCAUCCCGAUGGUUAGCGGCAGCGGCGACCCGAACAAGACCGCUCUGCACAUGAACACGUUCAAGGUGCUACGGCCGGAGAUGAAGAAGCUCACCGCCAUCAUGGAAUUUUACGAGAGUGCUGUCCAGGUGUUUUGCGCGCAUGUGCAAACUCUGACGAAGAGAGGCAAGAAGCAAGUCGUGCCGGAGGGGCUCUACGACGCGCUAAUUGCGGUGGUGGAUCUGAUGCAGAAGAUGGACUACCUGAAGGACACGAAGGCGUGUCUGACCAACGACUUCUCGAGGUACAAGCGUGCCUUGACCAGCGUCAGGCAGGACCUCCCGGACGCGGAAAGCCUAGGGCAGGAGCAACACUCGCUGCAGCUCUUCUUGGGGAACCCGAAGCAUCCGAAGCAGCUCAUCAUCAACACGCUGAGAGACAGCAUCAAGGCCAUCCCGGGACACCUCGAGGUUUUGAUGAAAAUGCUGAGCCUGGCAGUGGAGCGGCUGGAGACAAACCGGUAUAUGACGCCGGACGAAAAGUACCGCAACAUCAGGGUUGUGCCGCACUUGCUCUGGCUGCUUGAUGGUGACGUGGGAGCAGCCGGCCCCGACGGGUCGUACAAUGUCUUCAAGCAGAGGAAGAUCAAGCUGCAGCCGCUGCAACGCAUCUGCCAGCGAUACCCCGUCGUGCCGCAAUGCGGUGACAUCGCCAUCAAGCUUUCGUACGUGCUGGAGCGAUGUCCGCACUUCGACGCUGAUUCUUCGGGGGCAUGGUUCGCCGAUGCCGCGGCGGCGCAGGACUACAGCGUCAUGGCCAAGUGGGGCAAGAUGACCAGGGAUUUCGACGAGUACACCACCAGGCUGUCCAUUUUCCUCAACGAGAUAGGGACGGGUCCCUUCGUCAAGACCCCUACGAACGUGAGGAUAGCGGCUAGGGUAUCCCGGCUGGUGAUGGUGGGCCUGAGGCUGCUGCAGCGCUGGUCGUGCGUGGUGCUGGAGUGCAUGGCCUGGAAGCACACCCACCCGUGCUCGCAGGCGGCGUUCAAGAGGGCCGGGGGCGACCCGAUGGGGAAAGGGAUGGAGUACGAGAGGGUGGUGCGGUACAACUGGUCCCCGAACGAGCUGAGCGCGAUUGUGGAGGUGAUCACGAUGACCAAGUCUCUUGGGUCCCUGCUUUCCCGGGCGGAAGGCCGCCUGGCGCCGCUUCUCAGGCUGCACGUCCACGCAGCCACGCAGCAAAUGUCGCAGGGGGACCUGGUGCCGGUGCUACACAGAGCCGACAAGAAGAAGCGGGAUAUCGUCACGCAUUUGCUCCAGCUCCGAUCGAUGGUCUCGGACUGGUCGGACGGCGUCGCUCCAUCCGAGGACUACAAGAAGUACAAGAGGGCGCAGGGGAGGGUAGAGGCGAAGGGGGCUCCGCGGAGAGUGGUGGGCCCUAGCUCGACCCAACUGCAGCUUGUGAGGGCGAUGGUGCGGGCCAUCUACGACGAGAACAGCGAGCUCAGGCAGAGCAGCGGCGUUUUGGGCAGAGAGGACCUCAAGAAGGAAGACCUAGGGCUGCUGAGGACCUACUACGAGCAGUCGUUCGGCUUCCCCUACCUCUUGGACUUGGGUGGCACCAUCCGGUCGUCGACCGACCUGGGGGACCUCUGGUACCGAGAGUACCACCUCGAGCUAACGAAGGAGAUACAGUUCCCCAUAGAGAUGUCCUUCCCCUGGAUCAUCACGGAGCACAUCGUCAAGACCAAGCGCGCCAUGGCCAUCGGCUCCGCCUCCGGCGACGGGCCCGGCCCGGGCGGGGUGGGGGGGGGCGAAGGAAAGGGCUCCGCGGGAAAGGGGGCGGGGAUAGCGGGGGACCCGGACAGCUCGAUGACGGGGUACGGCGGCGGCGGCGGCGGCGGCGGCGGCGGCAAGAAGAGUAAGAAGAAAGGGAAGGGGGGCAGCGGCGGGGAGAUGGGGCACGUGCUGGUGGAGGAGGUGCUGUGGGCACUUGACGUGUACAACGACGCGGCGCACCGGGCGCUGUACGUGCUCAACAGCCAGUAUCUUUUCAACGAGAUUCAAGCGGAGGUGAACCUUGUGUUCAAGCAGCUGCUCUUCGACCUGGAGGCUGAGGUGUUCGGAUACUUCAAGGACUGGGCGGCGUCGACAGUGCUGGACAAGGCCUUCAAGAAGGUCUACGAAAUCAGGAGGGGAUUGGGGCAUUUCAUCCCUGGGCGACGGCGUUACGAGACGCCAGUUCAGCAGAGACAUGUGCAGCUCUUGGGGCGAUCGGUAGACUUGAGCCACAGAGUGUCCGGCGCCAUGAACGUCAAGAUUGGGGAGGACUUGGAGCUGGCGCUGCGGCGUUUCGAAAGCGGUGGUCUUAGCGGGAUCGUGGAGCUGGAAGUGUCCAUCGAGUCCGCGAAGAAGACCCACUUGCUCAUACAGCAGGCUGGCCUAGGGGUGGACUCGUUUUCGAGUUUGUGGGGAGAGGCGAACGAAGUUGUGAGCCCGGCCAGCUGCAGAGGGAGAGUCGUGGCUCACGUGGUGAAGGUGCUGGUGCUCGACCUCUUCGUCAACUACCGGUAUUGCGCGGCGACGCGGCGCAUGGUGAAGAGCCCUGUCGAGCUCAAGCCGACCAAGUACCCUCAACCGCCUUCCACGCUGGACAAGAACCUUGGGGGAGGACGGCUUUGCGGCAAGGCUUUCGAGCAGAUGUUUUCUGUCGGGCGAGGGUUCGUCGGAGGGACGCACUUGGUGGCUAUGGUCCGCCUGCUGGGCAACACGGACCUGCCCCUCGUGGUGGAGACCAUCAUAGAGCACAUGCGCCAAAAGAUGUUGGAUAUCAAGGACUGGACUGACGCUUUGAAGGGAGGCCUGCCCCCGGUGAAGCUGCCAAAGUACGUCUUCGGCACGGCAGGGUGUUACUCCUUCAUGGAGGAGAAGCUAAGGCCAUUCCUGGAGUACGAGGACCUCAAGGCCGGGGUAUUCCAGGACUUCCGAGAGUUCGGGAACGCGCUGGCGUUCUUGCAGUGCCUCAGCGAAGCCUCGGCGGGUCUUGACUGCCUCAAGUUCGUCCAGACGGUUCCGGUGAUGGGACUAUCCUCCUCCAAGAAGUGGGACCCAAAGCGUACGAGGCUGGUGGCCGCCACGACGGCGCUGAUUCGAGGGGCGGAUUUCACGGGAGAGGCGGGGGCGAGCUUGUCAGGUCUAGAAGACGCCGUCCUGGAGGGGCAGGCGGCUUGCAAGGGCUUGUCCACGAGCGCUAGCAUCUUCCGACACACGUUGGGCGAACUGAGCACCGCGUUAGACGUGCUCCGGCUUAGAGAGGCCUGGGCGGGAGCUCAACCUGCCAACGGGGUGCUCGACGUGGAAGAAUCGGUGUCGUUCAGCCGGCUGUUCAGUGCGCUCAACUUCCUCUUCUGUAUGCCGGAGGCGAAGGGCGAGGCCCGUGUAACCGACGCGGUGCAAUUCGGAGACGGUUUCGGGCUCGCCGGUGCUGUCAUCAUGCACCUCUUGGGGCAGCGGCAUCAGUUCGAACUGCUAGACUUCUCCUACCACGUUCUGAAUGUCAAUAACUUCGAGAGGGCUGGCUCGAAGGAUGGAGAGACAGGACUGAACGUGGAGCCGGCGAAGGCUAGAGAAACGGAGGCAUUUUUGCAUGAGGCGCACCGUGAGUUCUGUCUAAUGUUCGACGCUUUCUCGGUGGCGGAGGCAGUUCUGCCCAGCCGACCCACGGACCAAGCCGCAGAGGUCCGGAUUUUCCACCCUCCAAAGGACGACACCAAGAUUAACAGGGCCCUCCUGGUCGACAAGGGAGAUAUCUGGGAGACCCAAGACGUGCUCGGCGACCGGCAAGCAGAAGCGGCAGCGAAGAAGGUCCAACGACCUAGCGCUACCAAGACGACUCCCACAAAAUCUAGCUUCUUGCGACGAUCUAGCAAGGAGAAGUCGUAUGUGCCGACCGAGGCAGACCGUGUCGAAGCGGACAACCGCAAGAAGAAGCUCAACAACUUCACCGUCGCCCUGCAAGCCUUCAUGGACGGAGGGGAAGACGAGACAAAGCCGACCGCCGCGUCUGCCCUACCGACGCCGGCCCCCAUCGACCCCCUCAGUACCCCGGCCGCGCUCUCCCCGACGCCAUCAAGCAUCGACGUGCUGAAGGCGGCGGCGGCGGGCGGCGGCGGGGGUGCAACGAGAGCAAAGCCCCCGGCGGCCGCGCCGCCUCCGCCCGGGUCUGCAACCUCUCCCUCGCCCGGCGACAGGAAGUCGGUGCCCGGGAGGCCUCCUCCGCCGUCAGCGCAGGCGGCGAUGCCGGGGAGCAGGCCGUUGUCGUCGCAGCGCAUGAUUAUGCCGCCGCUGGCGGCCGGAGGCGAGCGGCCGUCGCGGGCGAAGAGCAUGUCGCCGCCACCCGUGUCCUUCAGCAAGCUCAACGACGCCACGGAGGUCGGGAAGAACGGCCUCGAGAAACGGGAGCCCCGCAGCUCGUCUCAGGACAGGGGGGGUGUCGCGAGAAAGAAGAGCAGCGGCAGCCUUCCCCCGGGGGCGGACAAGAUCAUGGAGAUGGGCUUCUCGGCGAGGAAGGCGCGGGCGGCGCUGGAGCGGUCUGAUGGAGACGUGGACCAGGCGGUGGAGUGGCUGCUGACCCACCCUUCUGCCCCGGAUGAGGACUCCGGAGAUGAGGAACCCGAGGACGACGCGCUGCCCCCCUCCCCUUCAUCGGCGUCGCCCCCCCCCGGGAGGAAGUCGUUGCCGCCCAAGAAGUCCAAGCCCUUGAAGCCGCAGAACCCGGUGUUUGACCAGCAGGCCUUCACCCCGGUGCUCAUCCCCGCAAAGCCAGGGGCGAUUGUUGUUGCGAGCGGGCCGAAUGCGUGGACAUCCCCUGGAGGGGCCGGCGGUGGCUCUAGCGGCGUCGGGGGUGGGGCGGGGGCGGGCGGAACAGGAUCCACCGCUCUCACCCUCGUGGCACCCCUCUCGGCACCAGGGCCACCACCUCAAGGUCCACCGCCUCAAGGGCCGCUGCCUCAAGGGCCGCCGCCUCAAGGGCCACCGCAAAGCGGCGGGGGGGGGAGUGGGCUUUCCCGCCCGCGGUCCACACCAAGUAUCAUAUCUGCGCUGGACCCGGACUCUGUGGACACGUUCGAGCCGCAAGUCGCGCCGCUACCGCGGCAGGCCUCCCAGUCGCCGCCGCCGCAGCGACAGGGACCACAAAAGGAGCAGCAGCAGCAGCAGCAGGGGCCGGCGUCUCAGUUGGGGAGCCCGGUUCCGGCAGCAGCGACCGCAGCGGGGGGGUACCGGCGGCAGUCAGCGCCCACGGGGCUUUCGUACGGGAACGCUCCUAGGGGGAUGGGGAUGGCGAUGAACGCAGGUGGACAACAACAGAUGGUCGGUCGACCAACGGGCAUGGUUCUCCAGCCGCAACAGCAACAGCAGCCGAGACCCCAGGGGCAGGCUCGACCGCAGCAGUUUAUGCAGCAACAGCAACCUCGGGCGAUACCAACCCUGCAGCCGACACCAGCCCAGCAGCAGCAGCAGCAGGUUCGGCCAGUUAUGCAAGGAGGUCUGGGGAUGCAGGGGGCGCAGCAGGCGCGGGGGGCGCCGCAGCAGUUCUCAGGACAACAGCUGGCGAGGCCUCAGGGACAGGGCUUCAACCCUAGAGGCUAAAUAGCUGGGGUAGUCCCGGCGAAGCGUUUCGCCGGGCUAUGCUAGUUCACGCGCGGUCGCUGUGGUGGAGACAUUCGAAAGUGCACCGGCCUCCUUUGAGAGCUGUUUUUGUCAAUCCAUAUGCCGAAACGGUAUGAGAAAGUGUAGUGUUUGUUCUUUGCCGGAGCACUGCACAAGAAUCAUGACGUUUCAGUUUUUUUAUCCGUGAUGGGUCGAGAGAUUAUACUUGUAGCAGUUUUGUAUAACGUUAAUCUUGGGAACUAGAGAGUGUUGAUUGAGAAUCUGGCGCUUCUCGAUGGUGAUGUGAUUGGUGCAAGAACGGUAGGCGAAGGCUGCCAACGGCCUCAAAUGUUGGUAUUAAUAGAUCGGAGAUAGAUGAUCGACGAUCGGGGUUUCAACGCCGGAAACCUGUUUUGUUGUUUAAGUUGUAGGUUCUGUGCUAGCGUACGCGAUUUUUCAAGUUCCCAAGCAGUGUAUCUAGAGGAUCGUACAGCAGUAGCGCAGGUAGUUUUGUCCCACGAUUGAAAUAUAAGGGAUUUUUCCUGG